AUGAAAACAGGUUAAGUUACUAAAAACUCAAUCAAUCAGUAAAACAGUCUAAAGAGUUCCUUUAAGAUUGACUUAGUCACUGAUCUACAUAGAUUUCAAACCUUGACUGCUCCUUCUAAUCCUCUUAAUUAUGAUUAUCCAAUAGAUACUUUCUUAGUGGUCAAUCAUAUUUUUGGAAAGAUUAUGAGGAGGGUAGACUACAAAAUCUUCGAAAAGGAUAUUGAUAGUCUUAGGAAUGAAUACUGUCUCAAUUUAGCAAUGGCUGAUGCCCUUAAGACAGUUGAAUUAAAUUAUGAUAUUGAAUAUGAUUUAGGAGAAUAUGAACCUUUACCUUUGGAAUGGAUUGACGAGGAAGACUUCAUCGAGCCUGUUCCAGCAAUUAAAGAUGUUUUCUCAACUCAAUCUGUUAACAGUAACAAUAUAAGAAAUGAAGCACUGCCAAACCUUUAUGUAGAGAUUUCUCAUUAAUCACAAAAAGCUUAUCUCGAAAAGAGAGCUAUUCUGAAAGAUCUUUAGCAAUAUAGGAAAGGUCAUUUAAUUACAAAGCAUGGAAGUGCUAAUGUUGUAGGAUCUGUGGGUGAGCCUUGGGCCUCAGAGGGUGUAAUUCAACUUAGGAAUCCUAGAUUGGUUGAGGCAGAUGAUGAGAUAGCCUAGAAGAUCAGAGAGGAAAAGCAUUAGCAGAGAUUGAGACUUGAAAGGAUGGAAAGGGAUGCAAAGGAUAAAGUAGUUAGAGACAAGUAAAGAACAAAUGAAAUUGAAAAUUUAAAUAAAGAACUUGAGAGAGGAAAUUAUACAUACGAUUUCUAAGGAAAUAUUAUCAUUCAGAAUAGUCAAGUCGUAGAGAACAUCCCAAGUGAUUUUAAGUUCAAGUACAGAUUCAAAAGAGGCAGAAAGAAGAAGGAUAAUAGUAAAUAUAAUAAGGCUUUACCAGUUCCCUUCAAGGAUAACAAAGCUACUGGAUACCAGCCGAGUGACUAUAAUAAACUAUCGAAGAUGGUAGAUUAAAAAGGCCUAAUAAAUCUAAGGUAAACUGCAGGAAGUAUGUUCGAUUUCUUCAAGCCCCCUGAUGCUGGUGUUGCAAUCAGAGAAGAUAAAAAGUAUAAGCAGUCAAAGAAGGAUUUUGAAGAAAUUACUGGCAAGAUGUCGUUAGAUCUUUACCAAAAGAAAGUUAAUGCUGAUGGUAAUUUUCAGUCAAAUAUGAUUCACCCAGAGCUCUAAAUGCCUGAAUCACAGAAUGAGUUUUUGGAUGCUUUUAAUAGAUCAAAAUUACUGCAGACCCUAGCUUUUUCCUUGAAAACUGAUCUUACCAAUAGAGUUCAAGAAUAUAAAGAGAAAGAGGACUACAUUAGCAAAAUUAGAGAAGAUCAUCAGACUAAAAAGAGAGUAAAUGAAAUCCUGAACGAAAAGCAUUAAGUCAGAAUAAACUCUCCAGAUUAGAUUAAUCAUUUAAUAGUUAUACCUGAAAAGAAAAAAAUGACAUCGUCUGUUGUUGGAUUAGGACUCAACUAAACAAACAGAUCUUCAAUGAUUAAUAAUAAUGCUAAUUAAACUCUUUAGUCAUAAAAGGCGUUAGGUCUUAGCAAAAAUUAAAGUCUCAAAAUUCUGCCUUAGAAUUAUCAAUAAAUGUAAAAGCCAGUGAAGAAUAUUGAGAUUACAUCAGAUUUACAUAAACUUAAAAAAGAAAAUAUGAUGCAGUAUGAGACAUAAACAAUGAAAUCCAACGAAAUGCAAUAGCUAUAAAUGUUUUAAGAGUUGAAUGGAAUGAUCUUGCUUUAAAGUGGCUGGGGAUAAAAUAAUGAAGGACUGCCAUCUCUAAUGAAAGAAUCAUAGUCUCAGAAAAACACCCAAUCUAAUUUUUAGAAUUUCAAAAUGAAUUCUAAGAAAGCUAACAAUUAAACUUAAAGCUAAACUAGAAUAGGAACUGCUCAAACUGCAGAGGUUCGACCCUUUUCAAGGACCUUACUACAAAGCAGUCAGUAAUCGAUGAGAGCGACUUUAACUACUGCUAACAGCAACACAAGGACUGUAAGAAGAAAUAUCUUAAGUCUAAAAUGUGAGAGCACAUUACAGCAUUUGCCUCAACCACCAUUAGGCAAGACUCUGGGUCAUGGUUUAUUUAGUCUCAAGUCAAAUUCAGUUGUUCCAUAGACUGAUAAUAAUAUAAAGGGUUAAAUGACAGAUCAGGGUAUGAGUAGUCAAAAUAGCACAGUAAGGAGACAUUAAAAGCAAAAUGCGAAUCAUCUUUUUAAUAUGAUUGGAGUUAAAUCUACUACUUCAAAAGGCAAAUAGUCCUUUGGUUUGACUCAGAAUCUCUAAGGUCUUAAGGUCAAAGACCUGUGA